UCCUUUUUUAUCUUUUUUCCCAAACUAGUUCCACAUCGUGCUUUUGAUUUUUUUUCCGCACUUCAUCGAAUUUCUUCCUUCUCAAGAUUCGUAUCGAUGAUGAGAACUUUAUGUUGACCAUUCUUUUUUAGCGUAACUCCUUUGAUACCAGGAGGUGUCAGUUAAUUAAACGCAGGAAGAUGGAAUUCGCUAACUUCUACCAGGCAAUGGAUGCACCCCAGAUGGUCCCAAUGUGGACUCCCAUAAACGCGACCCGUGAUCUCACUUUUGGUUUCCAACAGAAAAAUGUGCUGGCAAUCUGCGAGAGGAACGGGUCCUAUAGGGCGGAACCAGUCUUACUCAUGCAGCUCUCUUUGGCUUGCUUCCUCACCUUCACGACAAAGUCCAUUCUCAAGCCUUUUAUUCGAUCCAGCGUUGUCGGGCCAGUCAUGGUAAUUGAGAUCGCGACUCCUGCACAGAAGUUAUUGUUCUUCAAUUUCACACAGAAAGAAACAUGGACGAAAUCAUUACAUAAAUGGUUGCAAGAAUCUUUUAAUAUCUGUAAUCUGAAUUUGUCUGUGACAGGGGGGAAUCUUGGUCGGACCAUCAGUGCUAAGCCGUAUCCGUACUCUGAAGAACAUUGUGUUCCCAUACAAGAGCCUGUACUUGCUCGAGACGAUCUCAACCUUUGGCUGUGUAUUCUUCCUCUUCUUGGUGGGGGUGAAGAUGGAUGUCUCGAUAGUUGCAAGGUCAGGGAAGAAAGCUUGGAUCAUUGGCCUCUCGACCUUUGCAUUCCCGAUGGUCCUCACUAUCCUAUCCUCCAGAGCCCUCAAAUCCACUCUGCUCGCUGACCACAAAGACGACUCCCUCAGCCUAGUUGCCAUGCUCCAUGCCACCACGACUUUCCAUGGUGUAUCUUGCUUCUUGGGAGACCUCAAACUCCUAAACUCUGAGGUGGGUCGGCUCGCGCUCUCCUCCUCUAUGAUUAGCGGAUCCCUAGGCUACGCUACCGUUCUUAUCUCCUUUGGGGUCAACCAGAUCCACCCCGAGAGGGCCAACUUGGGAGUAUUCUACAUCAUCACCAUGUGCGCCGUCGCUCAGUUUGUCCUUAUCAAAGCCGGGAUGGGACCGUUUGUUUCUUGGAUGAUAAGGCAAACCCCGCGAGGGCAGCCACUCAAGGAAUCCUACCUUUGCUACACUGUCUUGCUAGUCCUGAUGUGUGCUUUCAUUGGCGAGGUCUGUGGACAGCACACUUUCUUCGGGCCAAUCCUCUUGGGGAUCGCCCUGCCAGCAGGGUCCAUUCUGGCAGCAACUUUGUCCGAUAAGUUCGAGGGCUUCAUCACGCUCGUGCUUCUCCCACUCUACUUCCUAGCCUGUGGUGGGAAGACGGAUCUGAGAAGCCUAGACGCGGCGACCGCCUUCGCCUGUGCCCUCAUGGCCUUAAUAGGGGCCCUGACCAAGUUCCUGGCGGCUGUGGUCCCCUGCGUUCUCUUCUUCAACAUGAUCUUCAGGGAUGCCGCCAUCCUCAGCCUCAUUCUUAGCACUGUCGGAGUACUCGACAUUCAGUUCUAUAGCCGCGCCAAUCAGCUCGGGCUCAUCGACGCCCACUGCUUCAGUGUGAUGAACACAACGUCCAUCAUUAUAACGGGCCUCAUAUCGCCAAUGGUGCAAGUGCUAUACGAUCCCUCAAUCCGGUACAUUUCCAGGAAGAGGCAGACGAUACAGGAUGAGCCGCCCAAUGGGGAGCUUCGGGUCCUGGCAUGUGUCCACACUGAGGAACAGGUACCGGAAAUUAUCGACCUCCUCCGGGUCUCAAACCCGACAAAGCAGAGUCCCCUGGGGAUCUAUCUCAUCCACCUCAGGGAGCUCAUAGGCGGCGCUGCCCCAAAGUUUGUGUCCCUCGAGUCCGGUCCUUCACUCACCUCCGACAGCAUAACCAAUGCGUUCCUAAUCUUUGAGAGGAGCAAUGAGUCGGUUGUGUCCGUCCAGCCUUUCACGGCGAUUGCACCUUUCACCUCGAUGCACAACGACGUGUGCACCCUCGCACUGGACCGGGGGGUCUCCUUCACCGUGCUGCCCUUCCACUGCCAGUGGAACUCUGAUGGGUACGUGGUGAACUCGCCAAAGAUCCGGGAGUUCAAUAGGAAGGUACUCAGCAAGGCCCCAUGCUCGGUUGGGAUUCUCAUCAACCGCCGCAGUUCUGAUGCCGCAGACCUUUCAGUGAUCGAAGGGGCUAUCUCGACCCCCCGGGUUGGGGUUUUCUUCACCGGCGGACCCGAUGAUCGCGAAGCCCUGGCCUACGCUACGUGCAUCGCCAAGCAGCCAGACGUGAAGGUAACUGUGGUGAGGUUCAUUUCAUCCAUGGAGAACAUCGAGGAUGAGGAGGAGAAGAGUCUUGACGAGGAAGUGAUCAGCGAGUUCAAGCUGCGCGGAGUCGGGAGCAAGAGGGCGAGGGACGUCUACAAGGAGGAGAUUGUGAUGGACAGCGUAGAAAUCUGCGAAGUGAUCCGAUCCAUGGAGAACUCGUUCGACCUGAUACUGGUUGGGAGGCGGUACGUGGAGUCACCUCUGAUGGAAUGGAACGAAUUUCCUGAACUAGGAUUCAUCGGAGACAUCCUUGCUUCCGGGGAUUUCCACGGGAAGGUUUUGGCAUUGGUAGUGCAACAACACAGGUAUGGAGGAGGGAAGGAGAGGGAUAUAGGGGGCAGUUCGAGGUUCUCGGAUAUUGAUCUCACUCAUCAAACAUCCUUCACUCCUCUUCAAGGCAACCAAAAAUUUGCAGGGUUGAUCACCUAGCUCGCUCUAGCGGGGCAGGAUUU